CUUUUUUAAGAGGGGGGAUUCUGUCUCAUCUUGGGGCCUCUCUGGGGAAGUGCGAGUUGCAAAAACAAAAGACUACAUUUCCCAGAGUUCCCGGGGCUGGGUGGGGCUUCUGUUUGGCCAGGUAGCCGCAGGACCGUUCUCGGGGCCGCCCCUGCCGCAGCCCGGCCCAGAGCGCAUGGCGUCGCCUCCUGAGGACUGCCCCCCGAGGCCGGCUCCAGCCAAGCCGCUCACGGACCUGGACUUUCGGUCCGGGGCUCGCAUCGAAGAGCUCAACCAACUCAUCCAGGAAUAUGAAGCCAGGAGUCCGGGGGUCCUCGGCGCCGCGGAGGUGCUCUGUGCGAAGGAUCGGGUCUUCUCGCUGCUGGGCCAGGUCCAGAAAGCGGAGGGGAGGCUGCCGCAGGUCAACCGCUACCUGAUCCUCUCCGGGGGCGCGCAGCAGGGCACGGUCAACGUGGAGCCGGGCUCCGUGCCUCCCCUUUCUCCGGGCAGCGACUACGACAUGGACUUCACGCUCCUGGUGCCAGUGCUGCAUGCAGCCGGGGUCCCUGUCACCCUGGAGAUGAGGCAGAGUCCCCCGGGCUGCGCCCAGAUCAGCCUCUGCCCCUUCAACGCCGACACGCGCCACACCUGGUCAGACUGCUGCGUGGGCGACGAGGCCUACCUGUCCGCCGAGCGAGUGGCCGACUGGUUUUGCCUCUCCAUCUCCCGCGCGGCCCAAGACGCGAGGGUCGAGCGCCGAGGCUGCCUCGCCUCCGUGGUCCUCUCCGUCGGGCUCUGCCGCAUCCUCUACGACGUCGUCCCCGUGGUGGCCUUGAGAGGCUGGCCGGAAGUUGCCCAGCCGUGGCUGGCCCAGGCCCACUUCUGGGACGGGAAGCUGAAGGAGGAAGAGGUGGCGGGCGGCUUCUACCUGCUGCCCUCCGCCUCCGGCGCCUGCUGGCGGCUGGCGUUCUCGGAGAGCGAGCUGCACCUGCGCAAGAGCCUCCCGCCCCCGCUGGUUCACGCCGUCCGCGCAGCCACGGCGCUGCUCGGCGCCCGUCCCCUGGCGGGCCUGGGGCCGUACCAGCUCUUCACCUUGUGCCUCUGGUCCUGCGAGCGCCUGCCCGCCCGCUACCUCGCCCUGGAGGAGAACGCCGCCCACGCCCUGCUGGGGCUGCUGGACGACCUCCUGGCCAGCCUGGUGCACCGGCGUCUGCCCAGCUACUUCCUCCCGCAGUGGAACCUCCUGGAGGGCCUUUCCUGGCGGGCCAUGGAGCGCCUCGCCCAGGACGUGGCCAGGGUGCGGGCCGACCCCUCCCAGGGCCUCCGCCAAGCCGUGGGACGGGCAAAGGAGGCCAAGCGCCUGGCAAAGGCCUUCAGAAGCCAGGCAUGCGCCUCCGUGGACCCCUGAGGCCCUCGCAGGCGCGGUGCCCGUGGGGGAGACCUCGGACAAAUUGUCCAAAUCCUUCACCCUGAUGGGGCUCCUGGAAGCCUCUUCCCGGAAGUGGGAUUGGAGGGGUGGGUUCUUUGGCGCUCUCUCUCCUCUCUCAUGCAGCCCCCCACCAAAUCCAACGGAGACCCAGGCAGAAGUGCUGCGUUCGUGCUUUGUUCCCUCGUGAAGCUGGCUUUAGCCGGGGACGGGGGACGCAUCGUCAGCUGGGGGAGAGGACCGGACGCAGCAGAACAGAGACCCAGCACGGCGGUCUCUGACCGACGGUGGACUUCAACUCCCAGAACCCUCAGCAAGGUCUGGGAGUUGAAUUCCCACGUGUCCGGAGGGCACCCGGUUGCAGAGGCUGCGACAGAAUAACCAGACUGUGCCUUGAAUCAACGUGCAGACGUCCCGCACCGAAGCAACUUCUCUGGCUGGCUCCUCUUGUUUCGGGGCUGCCAUUUUGGCUUGGCAACCUUGGAGGUACAUGACCUGCCUAAAACAGGAGCCCUCCAAGACACCCUUUGCCUCUCUCAGGGCUGCUGGAAAGAGCCACCCAAAGCACCGUCUCCGUCCUGGUACUCGGAGUCGGCAGGGAGGGGAGCGGCACAGGUCCUCCCCCCCCCCCCGCAAUACUUCCCACUAUCACUAACACGUUGACUUUAAGCAAGGAGUGCCUUCCACUUGAAAAAAGGCCCCCUAUGUCUCAGGGAGACUGGCCAUCUUUUUAAUCCCCCUUUUGGGGAGCAGGCGUCUGCCAAUCAAAAAACGACGUCCUGAAUGUGUAGGUUGAAUGUGGGUCUGUGGUUCUUUUCGUUUGAUUUUUGGUGCACACUUUAAACAUUGCCAUAUCUUCUGCAAUGGGGAUGAUGAGGGUCUGUUUGGGUUUUGCAACUGGGGAGGGUUUUCGGCCUGGGAGAAGUUGCAUUUCAUAUUUA